AUGCCCUGUGUUCAGGCUCAGUAUGGGUCCUCGCCUCAAGGAGCCAGCCCGGCCUCCCAGAGCUACAGUUACCACUCUUCGGGAGAAUACAGCUCCGAUUUCUUAACUCCGGAGUUUGUCAAGUUUAGCAUGGACCUCACCAACACUGAAAUCACUGCCACCACUUCUCUCCCCAGCUUCAGUACCUUUAUGGACAACUACAACACAAGCUACGACGUGAAGCCACCUUGCUUGUACCAAAUGCCCCUCUCCGGACAGCAGUCCUCCAUUAAGGUGGAAGACAUUCAGAUGCACGGCUACCAGCAGCACAGCCACCUCCCCCCCCAGUCCGAGGAGAUGAUGUCCCACUCAGGCUCCGUGUACUACAAGCCCUCGUCGCCCCCGACCCCCUCCACGCCCGGCUUCCAGGUGCAGCACGGCCCCAUGUGGGACGACCCCGGCUCCCUGCACAACUUCCACCCCAACUACGUGGCCACCACGCACAUGAUCGAGCAGCGCAAAACGCCCGUCUCCCGCCUCUCCCUCUUCUCCUUCAAGCAGUCGCCCCCCGGCACCCCCGUCUCCAGCUGCCAGAUGCGCUUCGACGGGCCCCUCCACGUCCCCAUGAACCCCGAGCCGGCCGGGGCCCACCCCGCCGCGCACCGGCAGGCCUCCGCCUUCCAGGCUAACCCCGACUACCAGAUGAGCGGAGACGACACUCAGCACAUCCAGCAGUCAGAGAGAGGUUUCCAGGCUAACCCCGACUACCAGAUGAGCGGAGACGACACUCAGCACAUCCAGCAGUUCUAUGAUCUCUUGACCGGCUCCAUGGAGAUCAUCCGAGGAUGGGCAGAAAAAAUCCCCGGCUUCACUGAUCUUCCUAAAACGGACCAGGACCUGCUCUUUGAAUCCGCCUUCUUGGAGCUGUUCGUGCUGCGGCUGGCAUACAGGUCAAAUCCAGUGGAGGGCAAGCUUAUCUUCUGCAACGGGGUAGUCCUGCACCGGUUGCAGUGUGUCCGCGGCUUUGGGGAGUGGAUCGAUUCCAUUGUUGAAUUUUCCUCCAACUUGCAAAACAUGAACAUCGACAUCUCUGCCUUCUCUUGCAUCGCUGCCCUGGCUAUGGUCACAGAGAGGCAUGGGCUUAAAGAACCCAAGAGGGUGGAAGAACUUCAAAACAAGAUUGUAAAUUGUCUCAAAGACCAUGUGACUUUUAAUAACGGGGGGCUGAAUCGCCCCAACUACUUGUCCAAACUCUUGGGGAAGCUCCCUGAACUUCGCACGCUUUGCACGCAGGGGCUGCAACGCAUUUUCUACCUGAAACUGGAAGAUUUGGUGCCACCGCCAGCAAUAAUCGACAAACUUUUUCUGGACACUUUACCUUUUUAAGACUCUUCCCAUGCACUCCCACUGAACUGAAGAGAAACUUCACCUGUCUGAAGGGGAAUUCGUCUGGGCCCAAAGCAGCACCUCUGGGUGCCAGCUUCCCAUCCAAAACAGUGUUGCUAACCUCCUGCAGGCAGAACCUGAACGGGCAUUUUGGCUCUGGGGCAUCACGGAUGCAGAUCAUGGACUACACAAAUACCAUGGUAUAAACUUUUUAUUAUCAGCUUAUAAAUGAAUUUAUUAUUAAGGACUUCUGAUUAAAAAGAUGAACAUAUCUGGCAACGCCGGGUGCGCAGCUAAGACUCAUACGGUGACAAACAAAGCGUUAAGGUGACCCACAAGUCUCACCCUCCUACAGACUAAAGUUUUCUGCUGUAAAAGAAAGCUGUAAUAUAUACAAAACCUAAAUGUUGCGUGGGUGGCAUGUCAUUAAAGAAGGCGAAGGCUUGUAAAUUUAUCAGAUGCAGUUUGGCUUUUUAAAAAUUAUUCUGUGCCUAUUUAUGAAGAAAUAUGGAAAACAAUUCUAAAAAAGCCCUAAA